GAGAGACUCAAGGGAAGAGCAGGAAGUAUAGCAGCUCAGAAACCUUCAGACUCAGCCAUCAGAGCGCACUUCCCUCAUCCUCACUCUCUCCUCAUUCCUCCAUUCAUCCUUCUCCCUUCUAAUUCCAGUAUUCUUUCCCUUUUCUUCCCUUCUCAUUGCCCUCAGCACUGUCUGUCUCUCCUCUUUCCAUCUCUUUGAUUGACUUUGACAAAGUUUGAAGCAUGGGCUGUGGGAAUUCCACCUCUGCCAGCACAGCUGCAGGUCCAUCUGAGUCAGCCAAAGAUGUCCCAUCGGAUCAUCUCUUGGUUCUGUUCUGGUUCUGGGCCCACAGGCAGGACGAUUCGUCUGUUGAUGACGAGAAGAGGAGGAAUUAUGGUGGCGUGUAUGUGGGCUUACCUGCAGACCUCAGCAAUGUGGCCACCGGACAAACAGCCUCCACACACAAAGAAUAAUGAUAUUCAGAGCUGAAGGCACAGAUAAAGGGCUUUCCAGAGGGAGUCAUGUCUGAAAAUUGCUGUGUAAUGAUCUCAACAGGACGCAAUUUUCGUCAUCUCGCCGGAAUCCUUUGAGAGCCAAUCAUCUAAUUGAACUCUCUGGAAACUGAACUAGAAUUAGAUCUGCUGACAAGGUCAGAGGUCAAAGACAAAUCAUCCCUCAGCUCUUUUAAGGGCCAGUUCUACCAGCACCUUGCUUCUCAGGACAAUGACACACAGGUGUUAAUGACAAUCACAGAGCAAUGAAGAAGCUAAAAACGUAUCUUUGAACGAUGUUGCUCUGUAUGUUUUUAAAAGGGUUUUUACAAGGGUCAAGUGGUUUUCGAUGGGGAAAUGGGACAUUUAAGGCACUACUUAUGCACUCAUGAGUCUGUGUUUUUGUUCUUCACUCUUUCAACAUGAUAUACAUCCUUUCAGACAUUCUCCUCUACACUGUAAAAAAAAAAAUAUUUACAGUAAAAUACCGGCAGCUGUGGUUACCAGAACUUUACCGUAAAAAAAUAUGGUAGAAACAUUUUAGGUUUUAUAGACUUAAUUUAAUUUCACGAUAAUAAAUUUCAUUAACUGAUGUAAUGUUAAUAAAGCAGCAUAUUGAAGUUCUAAUAUCUGUUUUGAACCAUUGUAAUACUAAUAACCGCCAAAAACAGUAAAAUUACAUUAAAUGUAAUAACAGUUAUUCACCGUAUAUAUUAUGGAAACUUACUGAUAACCAAUAAACAUGUUUUUACUGUAGCAUUUUUACAGUCUUUUACUGUUAAAAUCACAAUCAUUUUUUACAGUGUAGUCGUAAAAUGUCCAUAUUAUGCCUUUUUGAAUAUUACCUUUCAUGUAGUGUAUCAUGUAGCUAUAUGUGAACAUAAACUAUCUGCAAGUUUUGAAGCUGACAGUGCACGAUAAAUAAAGUUAUUGUCUAUAAAAAUUUGUAAAACAAGUUUGGUUGCAAUAGCCAAAAUGAGUCGUCACAAAUUCGAAUCCUAUUCGGUUACGGCUCUACGUCACAAAGUAACACAUUUGUAUAAUUUCUGCCCACGUUCUACAUCUCCAAUUCGCUUGCCUACAAAUGGUAAAAUUUCACUUGACACUUACCAUUGAGAAAUGUCCUGCUCUAGUCAUGCUUGAGAAUCGGUCUCUUGUCAAUCAGCCAGUUUAACCAUUUCAUCAUCAGACUCUGGCUUGAAUAAGCUACAAUCCAUACCAUCUUUACUAUGUAUUGACAAGUCUUCAAGGCUGUCCUUCCGUCAUGGCAAUGGGCGUUUAAUUUCUGGACGUGGUCCAGACCAAUCCAGAGCCAAUCUUUCUAUUACUCUGUAUCAUUCACAAAGGACUGCGCCAUCUGACCAAUCACAACAGUGAGUUGUUUACAAAUGUCAAAUUAUUAUUAUUAUUAUUUUUUUUGAGA